CGAUGUAGCAUCCAUUGCGCGCGGACGAAGGCAGACAAACAAGAAGACGAAGGCAGACGAGUUGAAGAAAUUUAGUUUGUGUCGCUCUUUGACGGAAAAAGGAUGAAAUAUUUUCUUUGCUUUGCUAUCCUGUUCUACCUGGGCAGCUGUGCUCUUGGGAAACAAUCUCCCCCUAAAGUGCAGGUGUACAGCCGCAAUCCUGGUAAACUGGGUGAAAAAAACACACUGAUCUGCCAUGUCAGUGGCUUCCACCCUCCUGACAUCACGAUCACCCUCUUGAGGAACGGGGUGGAGAUUCCAGAUGCCAAGCAAACUGACCUGGCCUUUGAGUCAGGAUGGCAGUUCCACCUCACCAAGCAUGUGCCCUUCCACCCACAGAAGGAGGAGGAGUACGUUUGCCGUGUUAGACACAUGACCAACGUAAAGAACUACACCUGGGAACCUGACAUGUAAGAUGGAGGAAGUCGGGGUAAAAAAAGAAUCCAGUAGUUGAAGUGAAUCUCAUCUCAUCAAAGUGACACAACUUAAAACAACUUAAGACAAUGACUUUCUUCUCCAAUUUUGGCUCAGAAAAAGGGCGUGAGGGCAUGAGGUUUCCUAUGCAUUGCUAAAUGCGAGUUUCCUACACAUUACUAUAAAUCCAUUGCAUAGUACCGGUAAAUGCUUGGUGGUGGGACAUUAAAUAGUAACCACUAGAUGGAGGUGUUGUAUGCUUGAGAGAAAGAGCAUGGCCAUUUAUUUCUUAGGUAUGUGGGUGAUCAAGUCUUUAUAUUAUUUUAGGUGAUUGUGUUUGUGCUCCAUGUUUGAAAGGAUAUCUCUUAGCUCUAAACCAGAUCUACUUAAAUGUCUGAUCACAUUGUAAUGAGGGAAAACACUAUAGAAGCACUUUUGUACAUGAUGUAGUUUCACACUUAAGUGCUAAUGAAUAUGUUCUAGAGAUAAUAGUCCAUGUUAGACAGAAGGAAUAUAAGGAACAUAGACCAGCUCUAGUUUGAUCUUUAUUGUGACGAGGUGGAAGUAAACAGAUUAUUUUGCAUGGCAAGAUUAUUUGUAAUUGUUAUUCUCUUGCAAAUAAAUAAUUAUUAAGAAAUCA